AUGGCCUCAUUCGACCUUGUUGUUCACUUCGAACAUUGGCAAUAUCUUCUGAAUAUCAACACCAAUGAAACUCUUACCCAGCUCAAGAAUCAAAUCGGGUUAACCUGUGGCAUUAAUCUUAAUAAUGAAGAGUAUGUUCUCGAGAUCUUCGAUGAUUGCUUUGGCCAAUAUGUAGUUUUCACUCCUCGAUAUUUGACUGAGCUGUACAAAGAUAUACCGACAACAGCAAACAGAAGAUUCAACGCUCGACUCAGAUCACGAUAUUCAAAUGACGUGCCGUCACAAGUGCCUAUUCAGUCUCCCAAUUGCACGAUCGUUUGGCUGGAUGAAUAUAUCGGUCAACAACAGGAGCACAAAAUGCUCAUACAAAAGUUCUGUUUGGGAUUAGAUGUUAAGGAUGAUGAUUACUUACCUGCAGAAUCGUUGAAUAAAUUUGAUAAUUUAACGCUAUGGAAAAGAAAGCGAUGGGAUACCACUCUACAGAUUUUCAACAAUGUUGAAGAGUGUUACAGAUUUGUGCGUACGAAUAUCGCGCUGACUUCUAUCUUCUUCGUGACUUCUAGCAACCUCGGUCGUCUUAUUAUGCCAUCCCUAAUUGACCAAGUACGCGGCGUAUACGUACUUCGUUCGGAUGUAGAGGAGAAUCUCGAAUGGUUGUUCGAUUAUCUGGAUUGUUCAUGCAGUGUUUUAUUCUUCGAUCAUGAGAUCGAUUUACUAGCACGUUUAGCUCGUGAUAUAGCAAACUCUUGCAGUCGUUUCAUACACUACUUCGAAAACAGUAAAACUUUGAAAAAAAAGAAAAGAUGGCUGAAGAAGCACCACAAAAUAAUGGGACAUGCGAUUGUUGCGAAUCUGGAGGAUGGUGGUCAUGGCAACCUGGAAACACGGAAUGUGGCGGGUGUGGACAUUCUUAUAGUUCCCAUAGUUGAACAUGAUGAUUCAAUAAUCCCAAAUCCACUAUAA